AUGCUCCGUCUCUCAGUUAUGUUCAGUGCGGCCACCCUCUUGGUCCUGUGCCUGCAGCUAGGGAUCAACAAGGCUCAAGAUACCGAAAGUAUUCGAAAGCCACUUAUAUUUUCUUUAGAUGUUCCAAAUUCUGCAAACGCAAAUGAGGAGAUCACUCUGAAACUUGGAAUGAAAUCGGAAUAUAGAGAAUGUUUAGUGGUCAGAGCUUCCCUUGAAAGUUCUUCCAAGAUUGAAGGCAGCUUCAACUUUAAACAAACCCGCUGCAUCUGUAACGAUCAAGUAAACCUCUACUGGGACUUUCCAGUCACGCAAACUGUCACUAUUAAAAUACUGGUUGAAAUUAUUCCGGAGAAAAACAUCUGCCCUAACGAUGUGGCAGUGGUGCCCAUCUCGGGAGACAUGUACUAUACCUUCCAUACUGUGUAUGUGCGCUAA